AUGCAGAGGCUUAUUCGAGCAUACUUCUCCAACACGGGGAUUCUAUUUCCAUACAUCCAUGAGCAAGCCUUCUUCGACACAUAUCAUCAAUUCCGACAAAGUGGCUUUCGAAGCAACGUAAGCCGGACUUGGCUGGGCUUGCUCAACAUGAUUCUAGCCAUGGCCACCUGUACUUCUUGCUGGGAGGAAUCUGGAAGCGACUCCCAUUUUGAGCAAUCCGACAUCUUCUAUCGUCGAGCUCAAGAGCUAUGCCAGACCCAAAUGCUCCGAGGCACUACCCUUGAGAUAGUUCAAUACCUCCUUUUGACAACCCAGUACCUGCAAGGUACCCAUAGAUCCGUCCAAACCUGGACCAUACAUGGACUCUCUGUCAAAGCCGCCAUGUCUAUUGGACUUCAUUCUAAGGACAUUGCCACAAAGUUCACCGCUCUUCAGCAAGAGAUCCGGAAGCGUACAUGGUUUGGGUGCAUCCUCCUUGAUAGGAGCCUUAGCAUGACCUUUGGGCGCCCAUGUACGAUUCCAGAAGAAUAUAUCGGACUGGAUUUACCCGACCAUCUACCUCUGUAUACUUCCGUCUCUGACGAAGUUCAACGUCUUAGCACCGAGUUCUAUAACGCUUCCAUGGUUAUAGGGAAAAUAAUAACUGCUCUGUAUGGCAACAACCUUGGAUGCGAUGCCCAAGUUUCGGAUACUAGUACCAUGACAGCUAUCAUUGAGUUUGAACAGGAGCUUUCAGACUGGCAAGGCAGCCUGCCAGUACAACUACGUCCCUGCAGUGCCGACGAGUUGUUACAACUUACAGAUAUGGAGGCACAGGAUACCACGGUUGAGCGUUUUCGAGUCAUCUUGACACUACGUUAUCUGAAUGCGCAACUCCUCCUCCACCGCCCCACGUUCAUUCGGUCCCUGAGCGCCUUGAAUCGGCAAUCGAAGGUACCUUAUCGCAACUCAGCCUCUGUCAACAACAUGCAAGCCAACUUUGACAAAACAUUCGUCCAGGUGGCACAAACUAUGCUGGAUAUUAUCCAUGUCGUGAUGAUGAGACAAGACCAUGGUCGCCACCUUAUUGGCGCUUGGUGGUUCACUCUUUACUAUUCGUUUAGUGCGUCUCUCGCAAUCUUCGGGGACUUCCCUCACUCGAACGUCGAGUCCAACAUGGCCGGUCACUACCGCGGUGUCUCUUCCAAGCCAAACAGGGCGUUCCCCAGCGAGCCUCAAUUCUCGGGGUUCAUGAAGCCUUGUCGUUUCGAAGGAGAGAUCAAUUUCCUUGAAGUUGAGGGUGAAAUUCCGCAAGAAAUUGAUGGGACGUUCUACAGGGUUAUGCCUGAUCCUCAAUUCCCCCCUUUAGCGGAUCAAGACCCUUGGUUCAAUGGGGACGGCAAUAUCAGUGCUUUUCGAUUCAGUAAGGGGAAUGUUCACUUCAAGCAACGAUAUGUUCGUACUGAAAAGUUCCUUCGGGAAAGGGAGGCUCAACAAGGACUUGCCGGAAAGUAUCGGAACAAAUAUACCGAUGCAGUUGAAUUCAAGGUCCGGACUACAGCAAACACCAACAUCUUCUAUUUUAACAAGGUUCUCCUAGCUAUGAAAGAGGAUGCUCCACCAUUUGCAAUGGACCCUAUCACGCUCGAGACAUUUGGAGUCCAUGAUUUCGACGGUCAAUUGCCCAGUCUUACUUUCACAGCUCAUCCAAAACUCGACCCUCAAACCGGAGAGUUGGUCUGUUUCGGGUAUGAAGCUAUGGGGGAUGGCACGCCUGAUGUCUGCUACUAUUCCAUUGACCCUGAUGGUACUUUCAACCAGACUGUCUGGUUGGUUUCACCUGUUGUCGGAAUGAUUCAUGACUUUGCCGUCACGGAGAAUUGGGUACUGUUUCCAAUCAUUCCUCAAAUUUGCGAUAUCGAUCGACUCAAGCAAGGUGGAGAACAUUGGCAAUGGGAUUCGAGUGUUCCGUUUUAUUUAGGUCUCCUCCCACGACGAGGUGCAAAAGCAUCAGAUGUAAAGUGGUUCAAGGCACCGAAUGCCUUCCCUGGUCACACGACGAAUGCCUAUGAACUGCCAGAUGGCAGAAUUGUCUUUGAUCUUCCUCUGACUGAUAAGAACGUUUUCUUUUGGUGGCCUGAUAAUGACGGAAACGCCCCAGAUCCUCAUGACAUCCAUGCUAAAUAUGUGCGAUACACCAUAGACCCAAAGACUUCAGACUUAGAUCUUCCAGCCCACGAAGUCAUUUCUGAGUGCGACAUGGAAUUCCCAAGGAUCGAUGAGCGAGUCUCAAUGCGACCUCAUCGGCAUAGCUUCUUUGACAUGAUGGACCCCACACUCGGAACGGACUUUGCUGCUAUUGCUCCAGUAUUGGGCGGUGGCCAUCCCUUGUACAACGCUCUGGGCCAUCUCAACCACGAAACUGGAAAGCUGGAAGUAUACUUUUCGGGGAAGACCCAUAUGGUUCAGGAACCAGUAUUUGUGCCGCGGUCGGAGGAUUCUCCUGAGGGCGACGGCUAUACUAUCGUAUUAGUCAACAACUAUGCUACUAUGUCAAGCGAGCUACAUAUAGUUGAUACAUCUGACUUUUCUGCUCCAAGAGCAGUAGUUAAACUGAAUGUCAGGUUGAGGGCUGGACUUCAUGGAAAUUGGGUGGAUGGUAAGGAACUUUAUGGUUGA